ACUCCAUUGACUUCGAUCCAAGCAAAUCAAAACCAGUCACUGAGAAAACCAAAACUCAUCAAAGCCUGGCCAAAAUUUGACAUGCACAAAAAGUCUACAUAAACUCUGGUGAGGACUUCAAAUUUUCCAUGCUUCUUGUUCUAAAUUUUUUCAUGACGAGUUUCCAUUCUCGAAAACUACUUGUUCCGUUCCAUGGUUCAAUCGAUGUUGCUGCCAUGAACAGAAGAAUCAGAAGCAGUUACAGUCCAAUAGCUUCUCCUCUGCCCUCAGUAGUUCCACGUUCGUUUACAUGGUUUCCACCACCCCUCCUCGAUGGAGAACACGACCACCUUAACCUUGCAUCCAUCAUUAUAAUUGGCCUAGGUAGCAUAGCUUGUGUAAUAAUGUUUCUCAUCACCUUGUCCAAGAUCCUAAAGUUCUAUUACUUAAAUGGAUACAACGUUAGCAGAAGAAACCCUCCAAUUUUAUUUGACAUUCGAGGAGAUUCUCCCUUUUCUGACGACGAGGAACAGGAACAUGUUAUCAGACAGCACUCCCUGUGGUUCAGCCCCACACAGGGUCUUCAACAAUCAACCAUAGACUCCAUCACAGUUUACAGAUACAGAAAAAACGAAGUUUUGGUUAAAGAAAGUGAGUGUCUUGUUUGCCUCGGUGAGUUUCAACAAGAAGAAAAUCUGAGACUGUUGCCAAAGUGUAGCCAUGCUUUCCAUGUCUCUUGCAUUGAUACUUGGUUGAGGUCACAUAAAACUUGUCCCUUGUGCCGCAUCCCUAUUGUUCGUGACGGUGGAAGUGACUCUGAUUCCAGUGUUUCUGAUAUGAUCGAGGACGUGGAAGAAUGCCAUAGUGGUGUUGGUGGUGAAGAUUCUGGUGAAGAGGGAAUUGAAAUUUUGUCUGAAUUUGGUGAUUCUUCAGUUCCAAUUUAGUUCUGAUGUUGUUGGUACACAGGCACAAGAAUUUGAUGAUGAAAAUGAAGCCACAAUGAAGAGGUGUUUCUCGGUGGAUUCAUCUGCAGAACAUGAGCAUGAAUUGCAGAGGCAUUUCUCAUUCACACAACACAAAAUUCAAUGUUUCAGACGUAGCACGAGUUUUGCCAUUGAUGAUAGAUUCAAAAAAUAAAAAGGUGUUCUUGAGAAUUUAUUCAAGCUUUUAGAUUUCAAGGUAAAGUUAAAUUCUAUAGUAGUUUUUCCAUAUUUCAUUUACAAAAUGCA